AUGUCUCGGUUCGUGGACAUGGCGGAGUUUGGAGAAGCUGCUCGCUACCUUCGCCUCACCAACUUGGAGCAGCUGGCUGCCAAGGCCCAGGCGUUUGAUGGCACGAAGCGCGUUUGGAUGCCUGAGGACACUGAAGCAUAUAUUGAAGUGGAGAUCAGAGAGCUGAACGGAGACAAGACCACUGUGGAGACCAAAGAUGGACGGUUUCUAAUAGUAAAAGAAGACGACCUCCAGCCAAUGAACCCUCCUAAGUUUGACAUGAUAGAGGACAUGGCCAUGCUGACGCACCUGAACGAAGCGUCUGUCCUCUUCAACCUGAGGAGGAGAUACAGCAUGUGGAUGAUCUAUACCUACUCUGGUCUGUUCUGUGUCACAGUCAACCCGUACAAAUGGCUGCCGGUCUACACCCCUGAGGUGGUAACGGCCUACAAAGGGAGGCGACGCGCAGACAUGCCACCGCACAUCUACGCCAUCGCCGACAACGCCUACACCGACAUGCUGCAAAAUCGUGAGAACCAGUCAAUGCUCAUCACCGGUGAGUCAGGUGCCGGGAAAACAGUCAACACUAAGAGGGUGAUCCAGUACUUCGCCAUCGUCGCUGCUUUGGGGGAAAAUGUGAAAAAAGGAGGAUCUUUAGAGGAUCAGAUUAUUGAAGCUAAUCCAGCCAUGGAAGCAUUUGGGAAUGCCAAAACCAUCCGGAACGACAACUCCUCCCGCUUUGGAAAAUUCAUCAGAAUUCACUUUGGUCCGACAGGGAAGCUGGCGUCUGCUGACAUCGACAUCUACCUUCUAGAAAAGUCCAGAGUUGUGUUCCAGCAGCCCGGAGAGAGAAGCUACCACAUCUACUACCAGAUUCUGUCCAAUCACAAGCCAGAAUUACAAGACAUGCUGCUGGUGACCACCAACCCCUACGACUACCAGGUGUGCUCUCAGGGUGUGACCACAGUGGAGGGCAUCAGUGAUGGAGAGGAGCUCAGGCUCACAGACCAUGCCAUGGACACGCUGGGCUUCACCCCAGAGGAGAAGUAUGGCUGUUAUAAAAUCGUUGGUGCCAUCAUGCACUUUGGCAACAUGAAGUUUAAGAAGAAACAGAGAGAAGAGCAGGCCGAGGCUGACGGCACAGAGAGUGCAGAUAAAGCAGCUUACCUGAUGGGCAUCAGCUCUGCCGACCUGCUGAAAGGCCUGCUGAACCCCCGAGUCAAAGUUGGAAAUGAGUUUAUUGUUAAAGGACAGACUGUAGAACAGGUCAAUUAUGCAGUGGCCGCCCUGGCCAAAGCCACCUAUGACCGCAUGUUUAAGUGGCUGGUGGGCCGUAUCAACUCAUCCUUAUACACCGCUUUGCCUCGUCAGUACUUCAUCGGUGUGCUGGACAUCGCUGGCUUUGAAAUCUUUGAGUUCAAUAAUUUUGAGCAACUGUGCAUCAACUACACCAACGAGAAGCUGCAGCAGUUCUUCAACCACCACAUGUUCAUCCUGGAGCAGGAGGAGUACAAGGCUGAAGGCAUAGAGUGGACCUUCAUAGACUUCGGUUUGGACUUACAGGCCUGCAUAGACCUCAUAGAGAAGCCGAUGGGUAUUCUGUCCAUCAUGGAGGAGGAGUGCAUGUUCCCCAAGGCCACGGACCACAGCUUUAAAACCAAACUUUAUGAUAAUCAUCUGGGGAAGUCACCCAACUUCCAGCGGCCGCGUCUGGACAAAAAGCGCAAAUAUGAGACUCACUUUGAGUUGGUUCACUAUGCUGGAGUGGUGCCGUACAACAUCACAGGCUGGCUGGACAAAAACAGAGAUCCUCUGAAUGAGACGGUGGUGGCCCUCUUCCAGAAAUCCUCCAACAAACUGAUGGCUGCACUUUUUGAGAACUACGUCAGCUCUGACAUGCCGAGUGAUCCGAAGGCUGAAACCAAACAGAGGAGGAGGAAAGCAGCUUCUUUCCAAACUGUUUCACAGUUGCAUAAGGAAAAUCUUAAUAAGCUGAUGGCUAACCUUCGCAGCACUCAGCCUCACUUUGUCCGCUGCAUAAUCCCCAAUGAGAGCAAGAAUCCAGGUGUGAUGGAUCCCUUCCUGGUCCUCCAUCAGCUGAGGUGUAACGGCGUCCUCGAGGGCAUCAGGAUUUGCAGGAAGGGCUUUCCGAACCGUAUCCUGUAUGCUGAAUUCAGACAGCGUUAUCGCAUCUUGAAUCCUUCUGCGAUUCCAGAGGACUCAUUUGUGGACAGCAGGAAGGCUGUGGAGAAACUGCUGGGCUCUCUUGACAUAGACCACACCCAGUACAAGUUUGGACACACUAAGGUGUUCUUUAAGGCGGGUCUGUUGGGCCAGUUGGAGGACAUGAGGGACAACCGCCUGUCUCAGAUCCUCACCACAGUUCAGGCCAAAUGCAGAGGGAAGCUGAUGAGGAUGGAACGACAGAAACUGAUGCUGCAGAGAGACGCUGUGAUGGUGAUCCAGUUUGCCAUCAGGGCAUUCUUCUCGGUGAGGACUUGGCCGUGGAUGAUGUUGUUCUAUAAGCUCCGUCCGCUGCUCAGGAGUGCCCAGGCAGAGAAGGAACUGGCCGCUCUGAACGAAGACUUCAAGAAACUAAAAGAGGCCUACGACAGGUCUGAAGUGAAGCGGAAAGAGGCGGAGGAGCGACAGGUGGCUUUGGUUCAGGAGAAAAACGAUCUGGCUCUCCAGCUUCAAGCAGAGCAGGACAACCUGAUGGAUGCAGAGGAUCGCUGCAACCAGCUGAUUCAGUCUAAAAUCUCUCUGGAGUCAAAGCUGAAGGAGAUGCAGGAGCGCCUGGAGGAUGAGGAAGAGGUGAGCGCCACGCUGACCUCCAAGAAGCGUCAGCUGGAGGACGAGGUGUUAUCACUGAAGAGAGAUGUGGAUGACCUGGAGAUGACCCUGGCUAAAGUGGAGAGAGAGAGACAUGGGGUUGAGAACAAGGUGAAGAACCUGUCACAGGAGAUGUCGGUUCUAGAUGAAUCCAUAGCGUCACUGAGCAGAGAGAAAGCUGCCCUGCUGGAAGCUCACCAGCAGGCACUGAAUGACCUUCAGGCGCAGGAGGACAAAGUCAACAUGCUGGCCAAGACAAAAGCUCGACUGGAGCAGCAGGUGGACAGUGUGGAAGCUUCUCUGGAGCUGGAGAAGAAGGUGCGAACCGAUCUGGAACGAACCAAACGGAAGUUAGAGGGGGAUCUGAAGCUGUCCAUGGACUCAGUGAAGGAGCUGGAAAACCAGAAGGAAGAGCAGGAAGAAAGACUGAGAAAAAAAGACUUUGAGUUGGUUCAGCUUCAGUCAAAAAUGGAGGAUGAGCAGAGCCUGGUUACUCAGCUUCAGAAGAAGAUCAAAGAGCUUCAGACUCGUAUCGAGGAGCUGGAGGAGACGCUGGAGGCGGAGCGGGCGUGGCGCUCCAAAGCUGAACGUCAGAGGAACGAUGUCGCCAAAGAGCUGGAGGAGCUGGGAGAGAAGCUGGAGGAGGCGGGAGGAGCCUCUGCUGCUCAGAUCGCUCUCAACAGGAAGCGAGAGGCAGAUUUCCUGAAGUUACGGCGGGAGCUGGAGGAGGCGGGCCUUCAUCACGAGGCGACGGCCGCCACUCUGAGGAAGAAGCACUCGGACAUGGUGACGGAGCUCAGUGAGCAGAUAGAUGCUCUGCAGAGAGCCAAACAGAAGCUGGAAAAGGAGAAGACUGAGUUCCGGCUGGAGGCCGAUGACCUGGCUGCCAGUGUGGAGCAGCUCUCCAGGGCAAAGGCGGCUGUGGAGAAGAUGUGCAGGGUCUACGAGGACCAGCUGAAUGAAAGCAGGAGCCGAGCGGAUGAGCUGCAGAGACAACUGUCUGAAGUCAAUGCUCAGAAAGCACGAGCAGUCACAGAAACCACUGAGUACAAACGCCGUCUGGAGGAGCGGGACGCUAUGAUUGUUCAGCUCCAGCGUUUGAAGGCAGGCGUCUGCCAGAACGUGGAGGACAUGAAGAAGCAGCUGGAGGAGGAGAGCCAAGCUCGCGUGGCGCUGGCUCACGCGGUGCAGGCAUCCCGACACGACUGCAGCCUCCUCAGAGAGCAGCUGGAGGAGGAGCAGGAGGCCAAGGCUGAACUGCAGAGGGCGCUGUCUACGGCCAACAGUCAGGUGGUUCAGUGGAGAGCGAAGUACGAGACUGACGCUGUGCUGAGAAUAGAGGAGCUGGAGGAAGCAAAGAAGAAACUGGUAGUGAAACUGCAGACCUUCGAAGAAGCCGCUGAGGCAUCUCAGGCUAAAUGCUCCUCACUGGAGAAAACCAAAGAGCGUCUGCAGACAGAGAUUGAAGACCUGAUGGUGGACUUAGAGCGCUCCAAUGCUGCAGCUCUGGCUCUGGACAAGAGGCAACGCAACUUUGACAAGGUGCUGAGUGACUGGAAGCUGAAGUUCGAGGAGAGUCAGACAGAGCUGGAGGCGUCACAGAAAGAGUCUCGCAGUCUGAGCACUGAGCUCUUCAAACUGAAGAACUGCUAUGAAGAAGCUCUGGACCAGCUGGAGACGAUUAAACGAGAAAACAGGAACCUGCAAGAGGAGAUCCUGGAUCUGACAGAUCAGAUCAGUCAGGGAGGAAAGACGAUCCAUGAGCUGGAAAGGAUGAAGAAGCUCCUCGAUGUGGAGAAGAGUGACAUUAGAGCUGCUCUGGAGGAAGCAGAGGGGACCUUGGAGCAUGAGGAGAGUAAGAUCUUGAGAUAUCAGAUGGAGCUGGAGCACAUAAGGGCGGAGAUGAACCGAAAGAUUUCAGAGAAAGACGAGGAGAUCGACAGCCUCAGGGGGAGCCACCAGCGUUCCCUGGAGGCCAUGCAGGUCAAUUUGGAGGCAGAGAUUCGCCAUCGCAGUGAGGCGGUUCGUCUGAGGAAGAAGAUGGAGUCUGACCUGAACGAGAUGGAGAUCCAGCUGGGACACGCCAACAGGCAGCAAGCCGAGAGCCAGAGGAUCAUCAGACACCUGCAGACACAGGUUAAAGAGCAGCAGGUGGAGCUGGAAGACAAAGUCCAGCUGACCAAUCAGCUUAGAGAGCAAAUCGCUCUCCUGGAGCGGCGUUGUGCACUGAUGUCAGCAGAGGAGGAGGAGCUGCGGGGGGUCCUGGAACAGACAGACCGCGCCCGCAAGAUGGCCGAACACGAGCUGGUGGAGGCGUCAGAGAGAGUUAACCUGCUCACUACACAGAACGUGGGCCUCGUGAACCAGAAGAAGAAGCUGGAGUCCGAUCUGUCUGUGCUGACCGGAGAGGUGGACGAGGCGAUGCAGGAGAGCCGCAGUGCUGAGGAGAAGGCCAAAAAGGCCAUAACUGAUGCGGCCGUGAUGGCGGAGGAGCUGAAGAAGGAGCAGGACAGCAGCACCAUCCUGGAGAGAAUGAAGAAGAAUAUGGAGUCUACAGUAAAAGAGCUGCAGGUCAAACUGGACGAGACGGAGCAGAUGGCACUGAAGGGCGGAAAGAAGCAGCUCCACAAACUGGAGACGAGAGUGAGGGAGCUGCAGACGGAGCUGAUGCUGGAGCAGAAGAAAAGCGAGGAGUAUCAGAAGGGCGUCCGACGCUACGAGAGGAGGGUGAAGGAGCUGACGUACCAGUCGGAGGAGGACAAGAAGACUUUACUGAGGAUGCAGGAGCUCAUCGAAAGGCUGCAGGCCAAAGUGAAAGGCUACAAGAGACAAGCUGAGAACGCUGAGGAGCAGGUGGGCUGCAGCAGCAUCCGUUUCCGGAAAAUCCAACACGAGCUGGACGAAGCUGAGGAGAGAGCAGACAUCGCCGAGACGACCGUCAACAAGCUGCGGAUUCGAACACGUGAACAAACCAACAAGGUCGCCGUGAUCGCUGAUUCAGUUUAUGGACCCUGAGAGCAUCCUCUAAAAUAACAUCAUGAAGAAAAGAAAAACAUUUGCAGAGAUAUGAAUUGUAUGUGUGUGUGUGUGUGUGUGUGUGUGUGUGUGAUUUUUGUGU